GGUGGAGGUGGGGAUUUAAGAAGAUUGACAUCCCGAUGCGCCCCUCCUCCCAGCAGCUCGGGUCUCCAGCCCAGACCUAGAAGGAGACACAGGCCGGUGGCCACCAGCCAAAUCAGGCUUGGGCGGCGAGGGAGGAGGGGCAGGGGCCCCGGGAGGUGCCCUUUGCGACUCUGGGGCCACUCCUGCAGACUCUGGUCCCGCGAGCGCGAGCUAGAGGCAUAAAAGGCCCGGGAGGGUAAGGGCGGGCCUGCGACGGGAGGUGGGCUCUAGACCCCCCCAACCUGUUGCGGGGCGCAGCGGGCUGUAAAGAUGGGCCGUUAUUCGGGCAAGACCUGUCGGCUGCUGUUCAUGCUGGUGCUCACCGCGGCCUUCUUCGUGGCCGAGCUGGUGUCGGGUUACCUGGGCAACUCCAUCGCGCUGCUCUCGGACUCGUUCAACAUGCUGUCUGAUCUGAUCUCGCUGUGCGUGGGCCUGGGCUCCGGCUACAUCGCGCGGCGCGGUUCCCGCGGCUCCAGCGCCACCUACGGCUACGUGCGGGCCGAGGUGGUGGGCGCGCUCAGCAACGCAGUCUUCCUCACCGCGCUCUGCUUUACCAUCUUCGUGGAGGCUGUGUUGCGGCUCGCGCGGCCCGAGCGCAUCGACGACCCGGAGCUGGUACUCAUCGUGGGCGCCCUAGGGCUGGCAGUCAACGUGGUGGGGCUGCUCAUCUUCCAGGACUGCGGCGCCUACUUCUCCCGCUGCACGCGGGGUCGCCGGACCCGCCCUUCGCAGCCGCCGCGCCAGGGGGACACUGGUGGCGCUUUGGGGUGUCCCCGGGAGGCUGCGACAGCCACAGCCCCCGGCUCAGACUCAGCAGUGACUCUCCGGGGGGCCUCGGCCGGAAGAAAGCAGCAGGAGGGCGCGACGGUGUUCUCGAAUGUAGCAGGUGAUUCCCUGAACACCCAGAAUGAACCAGAAGAGACAAUGAAAAAGGAGAAGAAGUCUGAAGCACUGAAUAUCAGAGGUGUUCUUUUGCAUGUGAUGGGAGAUGCCCUGGGGUCCGUGAUUGUGGUUGUCACAGCCAUCAUAUUCUAUGUUCUUCCCCUGAGACCUGAAGACCCGUGUAACUGGCAAUGCUACAUUGACCCCAGUUUGACUGUUGUCAUGGUCAUCAUUAUCUUAUCGUCAGCCUUUCCACUCAUCAAGGAGACUGCUGUCAUCCUGCUGCAGAUGGUUCCCAAGGGAGUCAACAUGGAGGAGCUGAUGAGCCGGCUGUCUACAGUGCCUGGGAUUAGCAGUGUGCAUGAAGUGCACGUCUGGGAACUGAUAAGUGGGAAGGUCAUUGCCACCUUGCACAUCAAGCACCAGGAGGGCACGGAAUACCAGGAUGCCAGCAGAAAAGUCCGAGAGAUCUUCCACCAUGCAGGAAUCCACAACGUGACCAUCCAGUUUGAAACACUGGACUUGAAGGAAGCCCUGGAGCAGAAGGACUUCUUGCCGACCUGCAGUGCCCCCUGCAUCUCCCAGAGUUGCGCUAAGAAGCUCUGCUGUCCCCCGGGGACACUGCCUCUGGCUCUCGUCAAUGGUUGUGCAGAGCACAAUGGUGGGCCCAAUCUAGAGUCUUACCGAAGCAUAGAAGCUCCAGAAGUGGUCAUAGAUGUGGCUUUGGAUGGCUGUCCAAGGAAGCAAGGACAGAUUCACAGCAAGACUCAAGACAGACAGCAUUGUGAAAACAGCACUCAUUUUUAGUGGGUUCCCACACAAAUCAAACAGUCUAAACAGACACUUUGGUGUCACUGGCUCUGCCUGUGGGAAGAGCUUUGUGGAUGUGUAUCCUGUCAGUAGGGGUCAGCCAUUUGAGAUGUUAGUGGAACAAGCCUGCUGAUUUUCAUGUGGUGGAUAACCCCUUUCCAGUACCCUGGGCAUCUCAUGUUUCUCUGUGACAGUUUCAAUACGGAUAUGAAUUUCCUAAAGCAGACUGCCCUAGUGUAUAUAUCAGGAGUGUUGAAGGGCUCAGCAACUAUGACAGGGGACAUGAAGUAGGUCUUGUCUGUCUUGUGGUGCUGGGGAAUUGCAUACAGGGCUCGUGCGUGCUAAGGAACUGCUCUGUUACCGAGAUGAACUCUGUAUGUAGCCUUUGUUUUCAAACCCAUCAGAACUUCUAGUUGACUCUCAGGUGAGCUCAAAGCUUACGUGGGUAGAAAAGCAGUUAAGCACCUUAACUAUGUUUUCCUCUCUUCCCCUCAAAGAUCAUAAAAGAUGAACAUCAGGUUUUCGUGGCCCUGCAGAAACAUAUAUUCUUAAAUCCAUUCUUGGACCACAAGAAACAGACACCUAGUAAAUAAAUUCAAGAUGCAUAGUUAUUAAGAUGGAAAGACAGAUUGCCUCUUAAGGCAGGAAGUGAUCUUAAAACAUUAAAGGGGGUAGACUUUGCUGGGGUGGAGGGAAAAUUGGGUUUUGGACUGUCUUUU